UUCGGCCACAGGUAGCCCUUGGAAACGAAACAAUUUGUUUGAUUGUUAAAAAUAUACUAUUAUUUAAAAUACAAAUUUUCAAACAAUUUAAUUUAUAUAAAAUAAAUUUAAAAAUGGAAAAUAAUAACAAAAAAUCCUUACUAGAACGUUAUGGUAUUCCCAUACAUCAUUUGGAUUUCAAAUAUAUAAGAGAAUGUAAAGAUGGCAAAGAAAUUGAAAAAAUUGUGCACAUUUUGAGAUCCAAUGAAGAGGGCUAUUAUCCGGAUCUGACAAAAUGUGCUGAGGAGAAAUUAAAGGAACUGAAACCUCAAAGUCGUCUCUUUAGAGUCGAGGAGCAAAUAAAGGGACGUGAAGCUUUAAAUUCUAACGAAAUAAAGCCCAUCUAUGACUGGAACAAGGAUAUUAAAACUACCGAUAAAAAGCUACAGAAUCUCGUAGAAGAAACUGAAUCACUAAUGCCUCCUAUACGUAAAACUGGACGUAUUCUACAAAAGCAAAAUAAUAAAGAAAAAUCUAACAAUACUACGAAUACUAGUAAAGAAUCCCAAUCAACUCAAAGAAUCAAAUCCACUGACUAUAAUAAAUGGGAUAAAUAUGAUGCUGAAGAGGAAAUAUUACGCCAGGACCUGGCAGAAGAGCGUGAACAGGAAGAAGUAGAACGUAAAAAUCGUAUAAAUAUGGAUAAAUUUAUAAAACAGCCUUUAACAAUUACCGAAAUAACAGCUGAAGAGGAGUUACAACCUUUAGAUAAAUUGUCAAAAUUAUCGGAAAUCGAAAAAGAAAAAAUAUCGGAAGAAUACCGUUUGCGUGGCAAUGAGUAUUUUCGCUCCAAAGAAUAUAACAAUGCUUUAAACGAGUAUUCCCGAGCCAUACAGGCUUGUCCCGAUAAAGCGGUAGCAGCCUAUAAUAAUCGGGCUUUGACCUACUUUAAGCAACAACAAUUUUUGGAUGCAAUAAAGGACUGUGAGCAGUGUCUUAAAUUGGAGCCCACUAAUUUAAAAGCCCGUUUGCGCCUGGCGGAGGCUAAUUAUGCCUAUGGCAGGAGAAGAGAGUCCUAUCAACUUUACAACAAUGUCCUCCAAUUGGAUCCGGGAAAUUCAGUGGCUCUAAAAGCCACUAACGAAUUGCGUAAGCAAUACGAAGACUUGCCACCGCCAAAUGCUACACGUCUGCAAAUACAAGAAGAAUCGUCUAAAAAUAAACCAGCAAUUCAAAGCGAAAAUCCAAAACCGAAAUCAAAACCCAAAUCAAUAAAUUACGAUCUGGCAGAUUUGGUCAAACCAAAUCGGUUAGUUAAAAAUAAAUUUAUUAAAGCGGCCGAGAAUUUGGGUAAAAACUUGGCAAAUAACAAAGAAGACAAGAAAAUGCCAGAAAAGAAAGUUGCUCCAGAUGUGAAUAAGCCAGAAAUACGACUGCCCGGUAAUUAUCUAAUGAAUAAGGCAGUAAAAGGUAAAAAACUUAUAGAAGAACUUUAAAAUGGAUUUUAUG